CAAUCUAUGUGGGUUUCUUUGUAACUUGAAACUCCACGGGUUCCUCAUGUGCAUAGGUGAUGUGCUGUGUAAGCGUUUUAGUGAUAGCUGGUUGCCAGAACAACACACAUAGAUUAGACACUAGGGAUGAUCCUUCUCCUUGCGAUUUUCUCUCUAACCAGGAAACGAGAGUUGUUAGAAACUUUGAUCAAGGCUAUUUAACCUCUCCAGAACCUUUUUCUGUGUGCUUUACUUGGGCAAAUCUGUGAUAGGAUCCUCAUGUGUUUCAGGUUCCACAUUUUUUACAAAAUAUUAAUAAAUUAUAUACUAUUUUUUUUUUUGAAGAAAACCAAACCACGCUAUAAUUGAGUUGUGCCAAACAAAAAAAGAAAGUUAUUGACAGAGUUGUCUGAAAGUCAAAAACAGUGACAUUGUGCCUGCAUCUCGUGUUCGAAGUCGUUAGGCGAAUCUGCAAAGAAAAGUUACUUUUCUGAUGGAGAAGAAGAAGACUACUGGAAUAAAAAUAAAAAAUAUUAAACACAUUUUUCUUGAAGAUGACGAAAAGUGUUCACAUGUCUUCUUCUUCUUCCUUUCUCCAUUCGCAUACCAUUCCUCUCGCCGUCUUUCCGCUGUAGUUUUGGUACUUCUCCAUUCUCCCUUUUUCGUUAAAGUUCCAUUCUUUUAGUUUCCCCCUUUUAAUUCUUCUUACUACCACUCCUCUCCUUCUUCCUCUUCAAUUUUUCAAUGAAGCUCAAGGGACUUGGAGCUGGGCUGAUAUCUGUUUGGCUAUCUGGGUUUCUCCUAAUCGCUCUCUCCUUCUACGGCACUCUUCUUCUCUCUCCUUCUCUCCAUAACCCUUCCUUCUCCUCAGAUUCUUCCACUUCUCCCAGGAUCACCAUUUUCACUGCUCUCCAUAGCUCCUCCUCCUCAUCCUUUGAUAGCCAAGCUAUUCACUCAUGGCUAGCUUUGUCUUCCCAAGUCAAAGUUGUUCUUUUCACUCAACACAACAACAACUCUUCCCUCACCGACACUUUUGGUUCCCGUCUUCUCCUUGAUUCCACCGUCGAUUUCACGUUUCUUGGUACUCCGUUUCUACACUCAAUGCUGGCGAGAACCGAAGCUUAUGCAUCCGACAUAGCUGUCCUAAUAGAUCCACACACUCUUCUUCUACCAGAUUUCAUCUCCGCUCUAAACUACGCUGACCACGAGCUUGAUCGUGAUUGGCUUCUCGUUUCUUCCUCAGUAAACAUUCCUCGUUUCCCAUUCCACUGGGACCAAACAGGACGCUUCUGGCGUCAGUACAAUGGGAAAAGAGUGAGAUUCGGUGAGUUGCAGAAGAUGAUAAGUCUACGAAGUUUGAAAUCGAAUUCUAGUGAAGGAAGCAACAUGAUCAUGGCGUGGAACAACGUUGAUUCCCCCUUGCACUGUGGAGUGCUUCCUCCUUUCUUGUACCAAAGAGGAACUCACAAUCAGUGGAUCAUUAACGAGGCUUUGUCGUGUAAAAGAAGGUUUGUGUUUGACGCCACGUCCACCAUUUCUAGCGUCUCCAUAGGCAAUGCAGAGAGGAAGUAUGAUACAAGAAGCUGGGAGUAUAUAGGAAACUCUCAUCUCGGGAAGCUCUACGGGUCCUUGUCCAAGUCUUAUGCUUUACCAAAGCUUUUGAAGUGUAACAAGCGUUACAUACUCGUUACUGCUUCAGAUGGCUUUAGGACGCGAGAGAAGAUCUCAGCUUGUAUCAGCAGAAGCAAAUCAAGAAUCUUGAAGUUAGAUCCUGUACAGAAAGAUCAGGCACUGCCGCCGUUGAAGUUACCUUAUGACCUUGAGUCUCUUCUCCCGUUAGUUGCAGACAAGAACAGAACCGUUGUGCUUUCAGUUGCUGGGUUUAGCUAUAAGGACAUGCUGAUGAGUUGGGUGUGCAGGGCACGCCGCCUCGCUGUUCCAAACUUCUUAGUCUGUGCACUUGAUGACGAAACCUAUCAGUUUGCUAUAUUUCAGGGUCUGCCAGUUUUCUUUGAUCCAUACGCACCAAAGAACAUUAGCUUCAAUGAUUGCCACUUUGGAUCAAAGUGUUUCCAGAGAGUGACCAAAGUCAAGUCAAGAACAGUUUUGAGGAUACUAAAGAUGGGCUACAACGUUCUCUUGAGCGAUGUAGAUGUGUAUUGGUUCAGAAACCCAUUGCCUCUGCUUCACUCUUUUGGUCCUUCUGUUCUCGUUGCGCAGUCUGAUGAAUACAACACAACAGUACCGAUAAACCGACCAAGACGGUUGAACUCAGGAUUCUACUUCGCACGUUCAGAUGAACCAACGAUAGUAGCGAUGGAGAAAGUGGUUAAACAUGCUGCAACCUCUGGUUUAUCAGAGCAGCCUAGCUUCUACGAUACAUUGUGUGGAGAAGGUGGAGUCCACCGUGUAGGAAACGAUAGAUGCGUUGAGCCAGAGACGAAUCUGAGCGUUCAUUUCUUGGACAGAGAUUUGUUUCCUAACGGAGCUUACGGAGACAUAUGGCUGAAGGAAGAUGUAAGAGGAGAGUGUGAGAAGAAGCAUUGCUAUGUUUUACAUAAUAACUGGAUCAGUGGGAGAUUGAAGAAACUUGAACGCCAAAUGAUGAAAGGUCUCUGGGACUAUGACGCAUCCAUGAGGAUGUGUGUGUAGAGGAUAGAGAUAAAGAGGAAAGGUUAUACAAAAAAAUAUACGUUAUUUGAAGUCAUCUUAGUUUUGGGUAUAGUUAUACAAAAAAAAUGUAUUUAUUUGUUGUAUUGUUUUAUGAAAUAGUUUUAGGAUAUAUGAACUUGCAAGCAGCAAGUUAUUUGAAAUGAAACAUUUAUAGGAUGUUGGUGAUAUUGUACUCA